UGCUGGUGAGCGAGGCUCGGCAGAUGGCCAGCGUGGCCCACAAGAUCCGCAUGGAGCUCCUGACUGUCAACGACGUGUACCUCCUGUCCACCUUCCGCCUGCCCCCCAAGCAGGGCGGGACCCUCUUCGGCCUCUACUCCAAGAAGGACAACACGCGAUGGCUGGAGGUGUCCGUGGUGGGGAAGAUUAACAAAGUCCUGGUGAGGUACCUGCGGGAGGACAACAAGGUGCACUCGGUCAACCUGCAGCACGCGCACGUGGCGGACGGGCAGAGCCACUCUGUCAUCGUGCGCCUGAGCGGGCUGCGCAGGGACACGCUCAGCGUGGAGCUCUACGUGGACUGCAAGCAGAUGGACUCCAGCGUGGGGCUGCCCGAGCUCUCCGAGAUCCCCCUGGGCGAGGUGGAGUCCAUCGAGGUGCGCACAGGGGUCAAGGCUUACCAGAGGAUGCAGGGGUUUGUAGAGUCGAUGAAGCUGAUCCUGGGAGGGUCCAUGAGCCGUGUAGGGGCCCUGAGUGAGUGCCCUUUCCAAGGAGAUGAUUCCAUUCACAGUGCAGUGACGAGUGUGCUGGCCUCCAUCCUGGGUGAGCAGACCAAGGCACUGGUCACGCAGCUGACCCUCUUCAACCGGCUCCUGACCGAGCUGCGGGAAGACAUCAGGGACCAGGUGAAGGAGAUGUCUCUGAUCCGCAACACCAUCAUGGAGUGCCAGGUCUGCGGCUUCCACGAGCACCGCUCCCGCUGCAACCCCAACCCCUGUUUCAGCGGCGUGGACUGCAUGGAGACGUACGAGUACCCUGGGUACCGCUGUGGGCCCUGCCCGCCGGGGCUGGAGGGCAACGGCACCCACUGCGCUGACAUCGAGGAGUGUGCCCAUGCCAACCCCUGCUUCCCGGGCUCCAAGUGCAUCAACACAGUCCCGGGGUUCCGCUGCGAGCCCUGCCCCCGGGGCUAUCGGGGCAACACCGUGUCUGGCGUGGGGGUGGACUAUGCCAGGGCCAGCAAGCAGGUUUGCACAGAUAUCGAUGAAUGCAACGAUGGGAACAAUGGGGGCUGCGACCCCAACUCCAUCUGCACCAACACUCAGGGCUCCUACAAGUGUGGGCCCUGCAAGUCGGGCUUUGUGGGCAACCAAACGUCUGGCUGCGUGCCCCAGAGGUCCUGCAGCACUCCCACCUCCAACCCCUGCGACAUCAACGGCUUCUGCCUGUUUGAGAGGAACGGGGAGAUCUCCUGUGCUUGCAACGUGGGCUGGGCUGGCAAUGGCAACGUGUGUGGGCCAGACACAGACCUGGAUGGGUACCCGGACGAGCCCCUGCCCUGCAUUGACAACAACAAGCACUGCAAGCAGGACAACUGCCGCCUGACGCCCAAUUCUGGCCAGGAGGAUGCUGACAACGACGGCAUUGGGGACCAGUGUGAUGACGAUGCUGAUGGUGAUGGUGUCAAGAAUGUGGAGGACAACUGCCGGCUCUUCCCCAACAAGGACCAGCAGAACUCGGACACUGACUCCUUUGGGGAUGCCUGUGACAACUGCCCCAACGUGCCCAACAAUGACCAGCGGGACACGGACAGCAACGGCGAGGGGGAUGCUUGUGACAAUGACAUUGAUGGGGAUGGGAUACCCAACAUGCUGGAUAACUGCCCCAAGGUGCCCAACCCUCUGCAGACCGAUCGGGACGAGGACGGUGUUGGGGAUGCCUGUGACAGUUGCCCUGAAAUGAGCAACCCCACUCAGACAGAUAUGGACAGUGACCUGGUAGGAGACAUCUGUGACACCAACGAGGACAGUGAUGGAGAUGGACAUCAGGACACCAAGGACAACUGCGCUGAGAUCCCCAACAGCUCCCAGCUGGACUCGGACAACGAUGGGCUGGGGGAUGACUGUGACAAUGAUGAUGACAAUGAUGGCAUCCCGGACUAUGUGCCACCUGGCCCAGACAACUGCCGCCUCAUUCCCAACCCCAACCAGAAGGACUCAGACGGGAAUGGCGUGGGUGACGUCUGCGAGGAGGACUUUGACAAUGACACGGUGGUGGACCAGCUGGACGUGUGCCCCGAGAGCGCCGAGGUGACACUGACCGACUUCCGCGCCUACCAGACCGUCAUCCUCGACCCCGAGGGGGACGCCCAGAUCGACCCCAACUGGGUUGUGCUCAACCAGGGCAUGGAGAUCGUGCAGACCAUGAACAGCGACCCGGGUUUGGCUGUGGGUUACACAGCCUUCAACGGGGUGGACUUCGAGGGCACCUUCCACGUCAACACCAUCACCGACGAUGACUACGCCGGCUUCAUCUUCAGCUACCAGGACAGCGCCAGCUUCUACGUGGUGAUGUGGAAGCAGACGGAGCAGACUUACUGGCAGGCCACCCCCUUCCGGGCUGUGGCCGAGCCGGGGCUGCAGCUCAAGGCGGUGAAAUCCUCGACGGGCCCCGGGGAGCACCUGCGCAAUGCUCUGUGGCACACGGGCCACACGCCCGACCACGUCCGCCUGCUCUGGAAGGACCCGCGGAACGUGGGCUGGAGGGACAAGACGUCCUACCGCUGGCAGCUGGCACACAGGCCCCAGGUGGGCUACAUCAG